GGGUGGGUGGCAAUAACUCGACCGACAGGUUAAAGUAGAGAGGGCCAGCAACUCUGCGAGCUCUUCGGUCCCAUUCCUUCCCCACCCCCCACUACGGUUUUACCUUCACCGGUUGCCCAUAUAACUCGAAGCAGCAGACCUUUGAACGCCCAUCACUUUCCCCUUCCCUCGCUGUUCUUCUUGCUGUGGCUCAGAUGCCUCAGGGAAGAGGCAGUGCCGGUGGCCAGGUGACCGUGGUUCUGUGGGUGGCAGUGCUCAGCCUCCUGCUUGCUCAGGUCGCGGAGGCCGCAACCUACACCGUCGGGGACACCCGCGGCUGGUCCUUCAACAUGGACAGCUGGCCUCGCGGAAAGCGCUUCCGCGCCGGCGACGUGCUCGUGUUCAAGUACAACCCGUUGGUGCACAAUGUGGUAGCCGUGAACGCCGCCGGCUACAACGGCUGCUCGACUCCGCGGGGCUCCAGGGUCUUGACCUCCGGCAAAGAUCGCGUCACGCUCGCCAGGGGGAGGAACUACUUCAUCUGCAACUCCGUCGGCCACUGCCAGUCCGGGAUGAAGAUGGCGAUCGUUGCUGCUUAACAUCGAGUGAUAUGUAUGAAGCAAGUAGGAGCGUUAAGAAGGCAGGUGUACAAGAGAAAAAGCUUAGGCUAGGGGUGAUGGUACUGAAUAAAAAACGCUCAGUGGCCAUGAACGUCGUUGUAUGCAAGCUUCGGCCAAUGGCGUAUCGCUUAUGUCAGUUGUAUGUUGUUGUUGACAUUCGAGCUUUGAGUUCUCCGUUUCGGUAGUCUUCUCGUUUGGCGAAGGAUCCCAUUGUUCCAGAUAAGCAAAGCGGCGAAGAAGAAAGGGAAGCGGUGAAAAGACGAUUUACUCGAUGAACACUGGAUGGAGACACAGUGGAGUCAUACAUAAUAAAGGCUUCUCUGACACUGUGGACCCAAACCAUGUUUCCAUUACCUACAUGAGUUAAUUUAUAUUUUUCUUGGCU